AUGCAUCUAUGGCCAUCAAUGAGAAUAAGGGACUCAUUCAAGCAGGCAUACCUGAAGAAACUCGAAUGGAACCUCCAUAGAAUGAAAACCGAAAAGGAUCGGCAGCCCCAAAGCAGUAGCCAGCAAAAACUCUUGGACGAUAGUAAUAAUGGAGGAUCAGAUAUUUCUGUUGAUCCAACACCCAAUACGAAGAGCAAUCCUGGUGAGGUUGCCCUUGUGCUUUGCAGAGAGCUACUCAUGAUUCUCUCUUGCUGUUACUGUUGUUUCUGCUGUGGAGGUACCCAUCCUCUCUCCCCUUCACUUCUGUUUCAAAACUGUUCAUCCUCCAAGGAGAUUAUUGAGAGAUAUAUGGCCGAAUGUGGAGGUUUACCAAUUAAGGUGACUAGUGGACGGAAAUUGAAAGGACCGGUAAACAUUACUGUUGACUAUGAAGGAGGUGGCAAGAACGAAGAUGAUGAUUAUCCAUUGCCUUGGUGA